AUGUCAAACCCAGGACCUUCCACAUCUUCACGAUGGGAUAGAAAAACGAAGCAGAAGAUCGAAAUUGACUGUCCAUUUAUUAUAAAAGAGUAUAAUCGACAUAUGGGAGGUGUCGAUCUAAUGGAUGGUCUUCUGGGUCGAUAUCACAUUCGUAUGAAAACAAGGAAAUGGACAAAUCGAAUUUUUUUUCAUCUAUUGGAUGUGGCGAUGGUAAAUGCUUAUAUCCUUUAUCAUAGGUCAAACAAGGAAGUCACCAUUGAACUUCCAAAUUUUCGAUCAGAAGUAGCUGAGACUUUGUGCAUAAUUUCAACCGAUUCCAAGAAACCUAGAGGCCGGCCAGUGUCAUCACCAAUACCACCACCUUCGAAAUCAAAAAAGUCUUACUUUCCGACUUCAGAAGUUCGAUAUGAUAAUGUUGGCCACUGGUGCAUAUUUCAGGACCGCAAUGGUAAGAAAACUUGCAAGCAACCGGGAUGUAAAUCGGAGUUGAAUCAUGAUAGUUUUGCAAAAUCUAUUGAGGUUUUUCGGACAAAGGUUGACCUUAAUUCCGAUUAA